AUGGCCUACUCACCUGGCCCGCAGUCCCCCGGCGCCGGCCCUGCCUACAUGGCCGCUCGGAAUCGCUCCGCGAGUCCUCCUGGUGCAUCUGGAAUGCCCUCCAAGAGAGACAAGCGCCGGACCGCUCUCCAAGAGCGUCUCCACGAUUUGACGGCCACCUUCUCUCAGAACCGCGAUGCGCAGUUCCGUCAACAACUGCACUCCCUCCAAUGCGACAUGACCCUCAUCAACAACGCAGAUCCAUACCAGACGGGUCCUUUGCCGGACUCUGCUGAGGAUAUUGCGCGGUUGAUCGAGGAGACCGUUGGCGGGGGGAAGUUUGCAAAGGAGAUGGCGAGUCUCUCUGGCACUUGGUAUUCCAAGUUUGUUCAGGAGAUCAACAAUGUCAAAGAGCAGAAAGAUGCAGACUUGGCACAGAUCAUGAACCGGCACCAGAACAGCCUGGAAAGACACCGUCGUGAAUACGACUUCCGUGUCCACUUUUCCAAGGAGGAGUUCAACCAGUUGUCUGGUACACUGCGCGAACGCCUCAUGCAAAGCAUCUCCAGCAAGAGGUCCCGUCUCAUGCGCGAGAAGGAACAACUCGACAUUGCCGAUACCAAUGCCCUGCUCCUCCACCCCAACCAGUUCUCCAUCACCAACCCGGCCAGCCCGGGAGGAAUUCAUGGGAACCGGAAGACUCGUCACACUCGGCAUCGCGUGGAUCUGGACGAGCUGGGCAACGGUAUCGUCUCCGAGUUGAACAAGCGCAAGCGCAAAGCGCCGGAAGAAGAACCCGGAUCACCUGUGCGAGAGGCCGGUGGCACCACCCCAGCCGAGCGAUCCAAGGCCUACGUUGAGAAGCAGUCGGCGCCCACAUACUCCAUUCAAUCCCUCUUCACCGAUAAGGAAUUGAGCGCUCAUUCCAACCAAGCUCACAUCGCCACCGUUCACUUCUUCUCCACUUCGAAGCGCCCUGAACAGGGGUCGGGCGCGGUGACAAACGGCAACAACACCGAGACGGAAGACACCCCAGACGGCACGGCUCACGAAGAUAACGGCACUCCCAGUGCCACGGACAUGAUGCGCACUGCCAGCCAGAACUUUCACAUCACUCGGUCCACCCGAGGCACGGCUGCUCACAGCGCUCUCAGCGCCCUGGCCGAUCUUGCUGAUAAGAACGCGACGCGGCCGGCCUUGCCUUAUCAUGUCCUCUCCAACUACCAUGCUCGUCCGAACGGCAACGCGCCCCCUUUGACAUCCUUGUUGAGUGAAGAGGUUGAUGAUGAUCUGUCGAGAGUGGAUCGGCUCCAUGGCACCAAGCCGGGGGGGUGGAUCGAUGCCUCUCUCACGGACCUCGUUGUGGCUCCGUUACCUUCAGAGCCCGUAGACGGGCGGCCCCCGAAUCCUGAUCGCUUCACUUCAUUACAUCCCGACUUCCCUGCUGUUGUGGGCAUGCAACUUCAGCCUGCGCGGCCCAAUCCGGCGGCCGAGGUCUUUCCCGCGGUGGCCAUGGAGCGUGAACGAAGUACGAAACGAUCGCGUCACCACUGA